AUGUCUAAUUUUGAAUACUUAGGGUCCAUAGAUCUAGCAUUACAUGAAUCAAGCAUUGGAAUACCACAGUUAGAAAAUGGUCCAUUAGGUGAUACUUUUCCAAGCUUGAUUGAAAUAGGGGACUUUGCAUCUUGGACUUUGUCGUCUGCUAAGCCUGGAAAUGGAGUGAAUCAGUUGAGAGAUAAUAAUUCAAGCACUUUCUGGCAAAGCGAUGGUCAAAGUCCUCAUACUAUUACCCUUAGGUUUCCAUCCAAAACUAAAGUAUCGAUGAUUGAUCUUUAUCUAGCAUAUAAAAUAGAUGAAAGCUAUACUCCUCAAAUAAUAUCAAUUAGAGCUGGAAAUCAGGAAAGUGAUCUUGAAGAAAUCAAGGAGAUGCAACUAGCUGAACCUGAUGGUUGGAUUAGAAUUCCAAUAUCACCACGGGAUAUUGCUGAGCACUUUUUAAAGGAUAUAAUACCUUCGCAAAUUAAAAGUAUAUGUGACUCUCAAAAUUAUAUUUCUACUUUUUGUAUCCAAAUUGCAAUUUUGUCAAACCAUCAGACUGGGCGAGAUACACAUGUUAGGCAAAUGCGUAUUUGGGGUCCGAGGGAGAUCGAUGAAAACGUUAUCGGAAGAAUUCCAAUAUCGCAACCAUUGAAGAUGGGUGUUACAGUUGAAUCUAGUAUGUAUCAAUUCCUUAGAUAA